CCUGGGCUGGGCUCAUAAAAUUUAUCAUUUAUGUAGUUAGGACCCACUUAGAACAUGAAGGCAACAAAAUAAUGAAAAUACAUCAAUGGUGGGGAGUAGGGUUGGUUUUAUUCAUAUCUUGCAAUUAUCGUUGCCCGCAGCCUACAAGUGCAACAGGAAAAGAAGUAAAAAAUCUGCUCAGGCACCGCCACAUAUCGCCUGCACGCAUCCCAUCUGAGAUGGACGAGGACAACGGCAUGUUCAGGGUCCCACACACAAUCGGCAGUGUCCUCUGCUGCAAAUGCGGCAUCCCCAUGCAGCCCAACGCAGCCAACAUGUGCGCCAAAUGCCUACGUUCAGAGUUCGACAUCACUGAAGGCCUUCAAAAACACGUCAUCAUCAUCCACUGCCCCGACUGCGAAAGCUAUCUCCAGCCUCCCCGCACGUGGAUCAAAGCCGAGCUCGAGUCCAAAGACCUCCUCACUUUCUGCCUCAACCGCCUCAAGAAUCUCCGCAACACCGUCAAAUUGGUCAACUCCGAGUUCGUCUGGACCGAGCCCCAUUCCAAGAGGAUCAAGGUCAAGCUCACUGUCCAGAAAGAAGUCCUGAACGUUUUCCUUCAGCAGGCCUUCACAGUCGAGUACGUCGUGCAGGACCAGCUGUGCGAGUCUUGCUCGAGGGUUCAGGCCAACCCUGACCAGUGGGUGGCCACAGUCCAGCUCAGGCAGCAUGUCUCCCACAGGCGGACCUUUUUCUAUCUCGAGCAGCUUAUACUGAAACAUGAUGCCGCUAAAAACGCCAUCAAGAUAAAGCAAAUGGACCAUGGGAUUGACUUUUUCUUUAACAAAAGGAGCCACGGGUUGAAGUUUGUCGAGUUUGUGGGCAAGGUUGCCCCUGUCAGGAGCCGAAGUGACAAGCAGCUCGUUUCGCACGAUUCUAAGAGCAAUAAUUAUAAUUACAAAUUCACCUUCUCGGUCGAGAUCAGCCCCAUUUGCCGGGAGGACCUGAUUUGCCUCCCGCCAAAAGUUGCGGCCGGUUUGGGAAAUUUCGGGCCACUCGUGAUAUGCGUCAAGGUGAGCAACAGCAUAGCUUUGCUGGACCCUUUUACCCUCAGGCAGAGCUUCUUGGAUGCAGAGCAGUACUGGAGGUCUUCGUUCAAGGCUUUGCUCUCGAGCAGGCAGCUCGUUGAAUAUGUAGUCUUGGAUGUGGAGCCUGUAUCUGGUGAGGUUAGUAUUGGUGGCUUGAAGUACGUUUUGGCCGAUGCCCAGGUGGCCCGAGUUUCGGAUUUCGGCAAAAACGAUACAAUUUUCAACGUGAGGACUCAUUUGGGGCAUCUCUUGAAUCCGGGAGAUUAUGCUCUCGGUUACGACUUGUAUGGAGCGAAUAGUAAUGAUAUUGAGUUGGAUAAGUACAAGGGUCUUGUUCUUCCCGAUGUCGUGCUGAUAAAGAAGAGCUAUGAGGAAAAACGGCAGAGGAAGAAGGGCAAGCCUCGUUCUUGGAAGCUUAGAUCUCUGAAUAUGGAAGUUGAUAAUAGUGGGAGGGGUGUUCGGGAUAAUGCGGAGAAGAUGGAUACGGAGUAUGAGCAGUUUUUGAGGGAUUUGGAGGAGAAUCCUGAUUUGAGGUUUAACCUGUCACUGUACCGGAAUAAGGAAUAUCAGCCGUCGGAAAUGGCAUCGAUGACGGAUGGUGAGGAUUUGCCGAGUGUGCCGUUAGACGAGCUGCUUGCGGACCUUGACUUGAGUGAUGAGGAUGUUGUUGAUGAUGAUGAUGAUGGCAUGAGAGAGUGAGUGAGUCUUGGUUUUGUAUUGCUUUUACAUGGUUCUUGUUUAUGUUUGUUGUUUUGGAAUAUACUGCUUUUGUGAUUCAUUUACAAUGCUUUGUGGGUUUCAUUUUGAAGUUUUGUUGUUUCAUGUGCUGUUAUAAGUAAAUAACGGCUAUGGGUUUUUCCAGAAGUACACUUUCAGAUUGGGCAUGCUUACAGAGGAAAUCUACUUAUGUAAAAAAUAAUUAUUCAAAUUUUUACUUGAGAAUUUUAUUAACUGAACAGAUAGGUUUCAAUGUUCCUGAGGAUAUGGUUUAUUGAAUACAAUGGGAAACUUUCAUUUGCAAAAGUGUAAUUCGGGGUUCUUAUUAGGAACUUUUAGUGGAUGCAAAAAUUUCAUUUCAAGAAAAGUUCAUGUCAAG